AUGGCGGCGACGAUGAAAGCCUGGCAGUACACGGACACCACUGGUGGCCUCGAGAAGAACCUCGAAUUGACUGAAGUUGCCAGACCUGCAGAGCCUGUGGGGGAGUUUGAAAUCCUGGUUGAAGUCAUCAGUGCAAGCAUCAACCCCGCCGACCACAAAGUUCCCGAACUGGGUUUGAUCUCCCGGUCAGUAAUCAGACGCCCUGCCACACCUGGGAUGGACUUCAGCGGACGCGUCGUCUCCCUAGGUGCCAAGAUCGACUCGUUCAGCAUCGGUGAAACGGUCUUUGGUCGCCUGGCUCCAAAGCAGCACGGCUCGUUAGGCCAACUCAUUGUCGUAGACACAAAGAACGAGGCCUGCGUGGCGCUACCGGCUGGAGUCGAUGUCGACCACGCUGCAACUGUGGGCACAGCUGGGAUAACAGCCUAUGAGGCCAUUGCCCCAAAUGUCAAAUCAGGCGACAAAGUGUUCAUCAAUGGAGGGUCGGGCGGGACUGGCACUUUCGGCAUCCAGAUCGCGAAGGCACUGGGAUGCUACGUCACGGUAACCUGCUCAUCUGGCAAGGCACAACUAUGCAAAACCUUGGGCGCAGACGAAAUCAUUGAUUACACUACUACCAAUGUGGCACAGAAGCUGAAAGAGGCUGGUCAAGUAUAUAGCCUGGCAGUUGAUAACGUAGGCUCACCGCCUGAGUUAUACAAGGCUGCCGAUGAUUUUCUUUUGCCCUCUGGUCAGUUCGUCCAGAUUGGGAGUUCGGUUUCCGUGGAGAGUGCAAAGUCCGUUGCGUCUAGACUGCUUCUACCAUCGUUCCUUGGUGGAGGGAAGCGGAAGUUCUCGUUACAUGUGAUCAAGCCCAAACAGGACGAACUGAGACAGCUUGGGCGGUUAGUGGUGGAGGGGAAGGUGAAACCCGCGAUAGAUGAGGUGUUUGAAUUCGAGGAUGCGCCGAGGGCGUUCGAGAAGUUGAAGCAAGGGAAAGUUGCGGGCAAAAUUGUCAUCCAUGUCACAAAUAAGGAAACCAGUUGA